AGUCCCGGAGAGCGCAGAGUCUCGUAGCCGGGGACCAGAGCCUGACAGGCGUGUACAGCGGCUCCCUCUGCAGCCUCCACCGCUCCGAGUCCCACCGGGAGCGGCACCUUUUCCAACCGGGCUUCGCAGCAGCAUGGAGGAGGCUCACGGAUGGAACUACUCAUGACAGUCCGGAAGAUCGCCUCCAUUUGUACGAUGGGCGCCAAUGCCUCUGCUCUGGAAAAGGAGAUUGGACCAGAACAGUUCCCCGUAAAUGAGCACUACUUUGGACUGGUUAAUUUUGGAAACACGUGUUACUGUAACUCGGUGCUGCAGGCUCUCUACUUCUGCCGACCGUUCAGAGAGAAGGUCUUGGCCUAUAAGGUGCAGCCCCGCCGUAAGGAGUCUCUGCUCACUUGUCUGUCAGACCUGUUCAACAGCAUCGCCACGCAGAAGAAGAAAGUGGGCGUCAUACCCCCAAAGAAGUUCAUCUCUCGCCUCCGAAAAGAAAAUGAGCUGUUUGAUAACUACAUGCAGCAGGACGCUCACGAGUUUCUGAACUACCUCCUGAACACCAUCGCUGACCUGCUCCAAGAAGAGAAGAGCCAAGAAAAACAGCACAACGGGAAGCUCAUCCAAAAUGGUGGCAGCGGUGGUGGAGGAGGAGGAGGGGGCGGAGUCAACGAGAGCGGGACCGACGGUGACGGGCACAAAGAGACACAAGAGACCUGGGUCCACGAGAUCUUCCAAGGAACGCUAACCAAUGAGACGCGCUGUUUAAACUGUGAAACUGUGAGCAGUAAAGAUGAAGACUUCCUGGAUUUAUCAGUUGACGUGGAACAAAACACGUCCAUAACGCACUGCCUCAGGGGCUUCAGCAACACAGAGACUCUGUGCAGUGAGUAUAAAUACUACUGUGAGCAGUGCCGCAGCAAACAGGAGGCUCAGAAGAGGAUGCGAGUGAAAAAGCUGCCGAUGAUCCUGGCUCUGCACCUGAAGAGGUUUAAAUACAUGGACCAGCUUCAUCGUUACACCAAACUGUCCUACCGUGUGGUCUUCCCCCUGGAGCUCCGCCUCUUCAACACCUCCGGAGACGCCACCAACCCAGACCGAAUGUACGACCUGGUGGCUGUGGUUGUGCACUGUGGAAGCGGUCCGAAUCGGGGACAUUACAUCACCAUUGUCAAGAGCCAUGGCUUCUGGCUGCUGUUUGACGACGACAUCGUGGAGAAAAUUGACGCUCAGGCGAUAGAGGAGUUUUACGGUUUGACAUCGGACAUUUCUAAAAACUCUGAAUCCGGUUACAUCCUGUUUUACCAAUCCAGAGACUGAAGCCCCGCCCCCCAAAUCUGCAGCCCCGCCCCAACAGGAAACACUUAGCUUUUGCACACGAGCUAACGCCACAAACCCGGGCUUUUCCGACGGGACGAGCCAGAGACGAGACUGAACAGACUCAGAAUGUCCGCCGCCUCCGCCAGGAUCAAAACGAGCACCUUACAGUAACAAGACGACCGCUGAUGGAUUUGGAAGUGAGUGGAGAUUCGUGAGCUUGGAAAUGAAACAAGUAAAGAGACAAAAUGUUAUGUCUCAAGAGUUAAGCGUACUCUUACUUAAAGGUGCAUUGUGUAGCUUUUCUGGUGGAGGCUCUACCACUUGCUUUUCUCCUUGGAGAUGUUAUUGCUUUGUCUGGAAUGUUUUACAGUAUGGUAUUAAACGUUUCUAUCUUCAUGGAGACCAAACAGAACAAGUUACAGGUCAGAUCUGUGGAGAGGCGACCUCACUCACAGUCAGCGUGCCUGUUUUACCAGGUAUUUUUUGAGCUAUAAAACCACCUGUAAUUGAAGAAAUGUAAGGUGACAUCUCCAUAGAAACAAAAGUUACACAGUGCACCUUUUAAAGUACAAUUUGCUCCAAAAGUUCACCCUGGCUGCUCUUUUAUGCUUUUUUUUAUUUUCCAACUGAAUCAUGCCAAGGUUUUGUUGAAUGUUAUUUCUUUUAUAAGUUUUCAAAAGCAGUUCUCACCAAACUUCUCAUCUGAAUCUCUGGCGGUCGCUUGCUCAUUUUUACAUAACAGUUUUUUCUGUUUUUCAGCUCAAAAUAACACUAAAAAACACAUGGGCUCUGUCUGCGCUCCUAUUUAUACAUUUCGCCAUAAACUCUCCAUUCAAAAGCACUCUGUAUUUAUUAAAUCAUUGUAAUUCAUAGGUGUGGGAAGUGUCUCGCAAAAGGACAUGACCACAGUAGGGAUCGAACCUGCAACCCAAAUAUAUAAACCACUAAAAGUUCAGGCAUAUUGAUACCUUGCAGCUUAUGUCACCAACAUUGUCUGGGAGUGUGAAGCUAACUGGAGGCUCUGCUCUGUUUGAGGCCUAAACAAGUCCAUGAGCAUGUGCAGUGAUCACAAGCUCCAGAAAAUGUACGGUUUUAAAGGGACAGUUCAGAAUUUUGGAUAUAGGGCCUCUUUUCCUAGUGAGCCAGAGUACUGUAGAUAUGUGGAGACACUUUUUGAAAUAAUCCAUCCAGUCCUUGUAUUUAGAGAGGUUGUUGAUGCUAGGCUAGCACAAGCCAAUGGCCAUAGUUAGCCUGCCACUAAAAACAGUCUUACCCACUCCAUAGUGUACCCGAGGCAAAUCUAUUAUUACACCAGACUGUUGAUGUGACUGUCGAUAGAAUAAUUUUAGAAGUAAAACUAACCUUGUAUUGUCAUAUGAAUCAUCACACGUUGAGGGACGAUAACUAUGGCCAUUGACUUGCACUAGCCUAGCACCAGUAACCUCUGCAAAUACAAGGAUU